AUGGCGCAGUCCUUCAGCCUCUUCCUACUGCAUAUAUUUGAGCUGCAUCCGAAGCCAUCUCUGUCCUACCGCAGGAUCGUUGCCGCAGAUCCCACAGUUGCAUCGUGGAGCAACUUGGAUGCAACUUUUGCUACCCGAGAGACAUCCCUGAGCUACGUGGUUACCCAGUCCGUGCGGAAUACUGGAGGAUUAAUAGAUUGA